GGUUAGAAGACACAGCAGCAGCAACUGAUGUUGGAAGAUGGCCCCCUCCUUCACCUUCCUGCUCUUCAUUGUGUUGUUGCUGAGUGGCACUUCCUCUGUUCCAAACGGGAGACUCAAGAUGCUGAAUGAUAAGACCAGCGAAUCUGUCUGUUUGGGAUGUGUGAUUCUCGUGUCUGUAAUAGAACAACUGUCUCAGCUCUACAACUCUACAGUAACAGAACAGCUGGAGAGGCUCUGUAGCUACUUACCAGAAAAAUGGAAGCUGCAACAAGUUUGCUUUCUUGUUGCUCACAGUUUUGGACCGGAUAUAAUUAAACUAUUAGAAUAUAAACUUAAAGCUGAUGUGGUGUGCUAUGCCAUUAAGCUAUGUAAACAGGAGGCAGGUCAACCAGUCUGUCAUCUGUACCAUCCUUCUGAGGUUGGAUUCGAGGUGGCUAUAAAGGAAGCAGAGGAAAUGGCUACAACUAGGAUCUUGAAAAAUGUUGGUGGGUCGUCACACAUAUGUUCACUUCCUCAGCUGGAAAAUCUGUGCGAGAUAGUGCAGAGAAUUUUGAAAAACAAGCUACCUUUUGAAGAUUUGGAUGGAGAUAAAUUUAGUAUCUUCCCGACCUUGAGAGGAUAUCAUUGGCGAGGCAGGGACUGCGAUGACGGAAUGGCCUCUGUGUAUCCAGGAAGACGCCCUGAUGAUUGGGAUGCUGAACAGGAUUCUAAUUGUAAUGGCAUAUGGGGUAUUGAUGAAAAAGAUGGCAUUCCAUAUGAACAAAAAUUCUGUAAUGGGACAGAAUCCAAGGGAGUUAUCCAGUUGGGAGAUUCAGCUGCAGCCCAAUUUCACAUCCCUCCUGAAUGGUUAACAGCAUCACAGAUCUCAUGGAAAGUGUAUUCUAACCUUCUGGAAGUCUUAACCAAUGAGUUUGAUUGGCCCCAGUUCUCAGGAGCCACUGGAUUUCUGAACUCCACAAUUGGAGGAUGGACAGACUCGUUCUACCUGCGUUUACUUGAAAGAAACCGCUGCAACCAUAGAGAUUACCAGAAUAUUUCUAAAAAUGGCGGCUCUUCAAAAAACCUUUGGGAUUUGGUUAAAAGCCUGGCCAGAAGUCAGAAGUUUGACAAACCUGCAAUAGUUACCUACGCAAUGAUUGGGAAUGAUGUCUGCAAUGGCAAGGCUGACACAGUGGCAGGGAUGACUCUGCCUGAGCAAAUGCACUCCAACGUUGUAAAGAGUCUACAUCAUCUGGACAGUCUUCUUCCCAAAGGAAGUCAUGUGAUUUUAAUCGGCUUGGCCCAUGGCACCUUCUUAUGGAAUAACCUGCAUGACAGAUACCAUCCUCUUGGCCAGUUAAACAAAGACAUCACAUAUGGCCAAUUGUAUUCGUUUCUCAGUUGUCUUAAGGUGAAUCCUUGCAAAGGCUGGUUAUCUUCAAAUGCCACACUUAGGAAGAUCACCACAGAGCGGGCAAUGCAACUUUCCAGCGUCCUGAGAGGAAUCGCAGAAGCUGAGAAAUAUACUAAUUUUGAUCUUUUCUACAUGGAUUACGCACUGGAAGAAAUUGCAGAGGAAUGGCACACGAUGGGAGGUGAAAACUGGCAGCUUAUAGAACCUGUUGAUGGAUUUCAUCCGACUCAGAUUGCGUCUGUACUUAUGACAAAAGUCUUCUGGGAGAAGAUCCUCCACAAAUGGCCUCACAUCCUUGGGAAAGGAAAUCCCCACAACAACCAGAUUGCAGCAGUAUUCAAAGAUCAAGGAGGACACUGAUUUCAAGGCUGAAGUUGCCAGCAAUUCACCUUCUGGAACAGAGAAUAUGCGCCUCAACAAAGACACUAAGACAGGUGUAGGCAUCCCCUGGUAUGUGUGCCAAAUGGCAGCUUUCAAAAUCAUUUUGUUUGGCAUGCAAACCCAGUUCUCCACCCAAGCAACCCAGCCAAACCCUCAGGGCAUUGGCAGCAGCAGCAUAGGAGAAGGCAAGAGGUAUAGCUUAUUCCCAUCAUGGCCUCCCUAGACCCAUGUAUCUACCAGUUAGGGUCUGGACCAAUGCCUCAGACAGUGGCAACACUGCCAGGGGAGGGGUCAAUACCCCCAAUAUGUAUAGUCAAGAUCAAGAACACUCUUGCCCACCCUACGGUUUGCAAUGUGCACUAACCUCUUCAUAGGUGGAUGUGUUUUUUCUGCCAGACAGGCCCAAAUUGUGCCUCCUUCCCAAACACUUUAUUUAGCUAGAAUUAGAAUGUCAAGAGCUGACCAAUACGUAACUGCUGAAACAGUUUUAUCAAUUAUCUAACAUAACUGAUCAGCCAGAUUACUGCAAAUCCACACAACUGCAUUUCGCGCUGUGGACAAAUGGAUUGGCUUAAUUCAAGUGUGCCGGUUUUCCUUUGUAGGAUUUCACUCUGUAAUCUGAUUAAAGUUUUCUAGAGGUU